GCGCCUGUAGAGCAGUUAGGGGAGGGAGAACCUUCCCCAAGGCCUCAGACUGCACCCUGAGGGGACUCCCUGCCUCGUUCACCCAAAGUUUCUAGCUCUCAGUUUAUCUGCCCCUCCUGAGUGGCAUCUGGGAGUAGGCCCCACCUUACCACCUGUGACCUUGCGGGAGGGGCAGGAUGAGAGGUACCAGCCCCUGCUGACACCCGCUCCCGCGGCCGGCCAUGUUUGCACAAGAGCACCAGGAUGCUGACCGUUGUUCUCCUAGGCCUUCUUUGUGCCUCCACCUCGGCCAAGGCUAUCCAGGCGAGGUCCUCCUCUUACAAUGGAGAGUAUGGAGGUGGUGGAGGAAAGCGAUUCUCCCAUUCUGGCUACCAGCUGGAAGGCCCCAUCACCGCUCUCCGGGUCAGAGUCAACAGACUGUACAUCGUGGGGCUGCAGGUGCGUUAUGGAAAAGUGUGGAGCGACUACGUGGGUGGCAAUUCGGGAGACCUGGAGGAGAUCUUUUUGCACCCUGGGGAGUCCGUGAUCCAGGUGUCUGGCAAAUACAAGUCCUACCUGAGGAAGCUGGUCUUUGUGACAGACAAGGGCCGCUACCUGCCUUUCGGGAAGGACACUGGCACGAGCUUCAAUGCCCUCCCCUUGUACCCAAACACUGUACUACGGUUCAUCAGUGGCCGGUCCGGCUCCGUCAUCGACGCCAUCGGUCUGCACUGGGACAGCUACCCCAGUGACUGCAGCAGCUGCUGAGCCCCUG